CCGCCCGCCAUGCCCGGCCCGGCCGCGGGCAGUCGGGCCCGGGUCUACGCCGAGGUGAACAGCCUGAGGAGCCGCGAGUACUGGGACUACGAAGCCCACGUCCCGAGCUGGGGUAAUCAAGAUGAUUACCAACUGGUUCGAAAACUUGGUCGGGGCAAAUAUAGUGAAGUAUUUGAGGCCAUUAACAUCACCAACAAUGAGAGGGUGGUUGUAAAAAUUCUCAAGCAACUCUACCAGAUCCUGACUGACUUUGAUAUCCGGUUUUAUAUGUAUGAACUACUUAAAGCUCUGGAUUACUGCCACAGCAAGGGAAUCAUGCACAGGGAUGUGAAACCUCACAAUGUCAUGAUAGAUCACCAACAAAAAAAGCUCCGACUGAUUGACUGGGGUCUGGCGGAAUUCUAUCAUCCUGCUCAGGAGUACAAUGUUCGCGUGGCCUCGAGGUACUUCAAGGGACCAGAGCUCCUUGUGGACUAUCAGAUGUAUGAUUACAGCUUGGACAUGUGGAGCUUGGGCUGUAUGUUAGCAAGCAUGAUAUUCCGAAAGGAGCCAUUCUUCCAUGGGCAGGACAACUACGACCAGCUUGUUCGAAUUGCCAAGGUUCUGGGGACAGAUGAACUGUAUGGGUAUCUGAAGAAGUACCAUAUAGACCUAGAUCCACACUUCAAUGAUAUCUUGGGACAGCAUUCACGGAAGCGUUGGGAAAACUUUAUCCAUAGUGAGAACAGACACCUUGUCAGCCCCGAGGCCCUAGAUCUUCUCGACAAGCUCCUGCGGUACGACCAUCAACAGAGACUGACUGCCAAAGAGGCCAUGGAGCACCCAUACUUCUACCCUGUGGUGAAGGAGCAGUCCCAGCCUUGCCCAGAGAACGCCGUGCUUUCCAGUGGCCUCACCGCAGCACGAUGAAGCCUGGAGAAUCGACGGUAAUGCGGCACUGAUGCUUGCCAAUAAAACCAACAACCAAACAAAAACUUGAAGGAAACUACAGUGUGAUAAAAAGAAAUUCUAAUCAUUCCUUCUAAAGGCAAAGAAGAGUAAAGACCUAAAGCCUGUCAAAAGCAAGAAACUCCCCAGUACUAGUCUGCAGGGAGCUGCGUUGUGCAGUGUGGCAGCGCAUAGUGCAGGAUCUGAGGGACUCUCCCUUUGGAAUGCAUGGGAGAUGAGACGCUCGGAGUUGUUGUGCACGUACCUGCGUUUAACAGGAUACCACUGUUGAAUUAACCCGUUCGGUCAACAAGCUCUGAAUAUCUGACUUCCUAUCUAUUCCAUUGUGGUCUGGUUUUCUUUUGUGAGAAUUCAGGCUCAAGUUUUAGCAAAAGUCAGCAGUCUGUUCUGACACACCAGCCUCAUUUACAAAAGAAAGAAAAGAAAAAGAAAAAAAAGAUUAAAACAGUGACAGUAUUUUUUUUAAGCUCUUUUACAAAUUCAUGUGUUAUGUAUUUUUUUAUGACAUGAGCUCUCCAGGAAAUGUACCUCAUUCCUGCAGUUCUCCUCUAAGUCUGUCCGUUUGGAGGAAACUGCGGUCACUCUCACCACGUCCUCUGUAGUGUCAGAAGAAGGCACUAUAGAUCUUGACAUGCCAUGAACAGGUCCCAGGUGCGCUAGAAGUUCCAUGCUGUGUGCAUAACUUGGGGCUCACCUUUAUUGAUUUGCCUAACUGUUGAAUCUUGAUUCUUUUUUGAGUUUUCCCCCUGCCUUGUAAGGAAAACCUCACCAUUUCUCAGACAGCUUUGUGUGGGCACCUCCUUUAAUUUACCACUCUAAAACAAAGACUACUUUUGUUCACAAUCGUAGCUGCAGCUGCAAAGUUAGUCUUCAGGCAGGUCAAGGAGGGAGGGAAAUUUUCUAUUAGGAUUCAUUCAGGAAAGACGUCACAUGUACAAAAGGCAUAGCCCGCCACCUUCCCUCUUUUUAAUCCUGUGACAAACAGGUCUGGCUGCAAUCGGGGUGAUGGCAUUUACAGCUCUGAUAGGUCAUACAUGAAUGUAAUGGCAAAGAAGUCUGGCAUGCAGAUGCUUGCUUGUGGGCAAGGUUGUCCCAUGACUCCUGCAACUGGCUGGAGCGGGAUGACCAGGGCUGGGGGGAGGAAGUGGGGCACACUGGAGCGAGUGUCAAAGCUUUAUAGAUCCACUGUGCUAACCUUGUGUUAGCAGAAAGAGGUAGAUUUUGUUUGUUUUUUGUUUUGUUUUUGUUUUUUAUAGGGCUGAUUUCAUUUGGGGGACUGGUCACUGACAUGGUUUGUCACCUAGUCCCCUCUCCUUGGCUGCGGAGCCAUGCCCUCAGCUCUGGAGACCUAACAUGUUUGGGGUAUAAACCACAUCACACUUAGGGUUUCUUCAUUAACUAUUUAAUAAUGCCAUACAUUUUUAUAAGGUUAGAUUGUUUGUUUGAAACAUCUGUUUACAUUCCAAAUUCCAAUAAACUUGUAUUGGUAUUGGUAGCAGGUCCAUCUCUAAAUGCAGAUUCUAUUUUGUCGUUUGGUCUGUGAGAACUUAAAAAGCAAAUUAACACUUUUCUUGAUAGUAUGGAGUUGAGUUUAUAGGUUAAAAAGUAAGAUUCUGGGCCAGUGACGUGGCAGGUAAAGGCAUUUGCUGCAAAGACUGCCCAGAGUUGAGUCCGCGAAAUGUACACGUGAAGGGGAGAGCCUGCUCCCACAGCUGUCCUCUUCCCACACUUGCACUGUGGCCUGUGAGCACACACAAGAAAUAAAGUUUUAAAAUCUUCUUUAAGAUCCUUUAUGAAGCCAAAGCAUUGCCGCGCAGUUAAGACUUUCAUGCAGAUCUGCCUCCUUGCAUCAGCUUCUGUGUACCAAUGUGCUAUACAUUUGUUCUUCCUGACUCGGAAACAUGACAUGGACGCCACUGAACCUGGGUUAACAUGUCAGGCAGCAAGCCUCAUGGGGAUACUAUGGGAUUUCUCGUGUGCCCUUUGGUUGUCCAGGGAAUGUGUUACCAUAUGUUUUUCCUGUUUUCUAACUUCAUCGCCUUGAUUACCCAUGCUUCUCUCUUUAAAUUGUUCAAGAGUCUGUUGGGGGGUCUCAAAUUGAGCAGUAACCCCACCUCUUUGUCCUGGGUCCUCCAGAGAUAGUGAAAGCUUCUGUGAGAAGAGUUGGCCAUGUUCCCCUGACCCUCCUCUUUGGCGUGCUCUAGGAGAGAGGUCCUUGAGUGAUAGCUCAGUGGGGCGUGUCCUUUGUAUGCAGCAGUGCCUGUAUUUUACCUCUCUUCCCCCUUACUGUGUAACAUCCUUGGGCUUAAUGCUUGCUCCCUCUGGAUCUGCACUCUGCCUAGUUUCCCAAGUUGCAGUGAAUCUAGUAGCCCUCUCACCUGUCUCCAAACCUAUCUUGAUCCAGGUGUCCCUGGGUCCAGCCCCUAGAGUUUGGAGAGUUUUAAAGCGUGUGUGUGUCUGUGCAUGUGCGCGCACAUGCACAUGAGAGUUACAUUCAGACUAAACUGGUCAAUUUACCCACUCAGUAUCCUUCACAUGAAUACAUACAUCUUAAACUCAUCUCAGUAAUUUUCUUUUGUUUCAUUACCUUAUAACAAGUUAAAAGUGCCUAUGACAAGGACUUAAUUAUUUCCUAAUGAAAAGCAAAAACACAACAAACCGUGGGGAACAGGGUAGUGUUGCACUGUCAUCUCAGGUACUGCCUGUGUUCAAGGCCGGCACCUGGUGCGCUGAGAAGAGGCUCCAGCCCCAGGGCUGACUCCAGCUCAGUCUCCUUGGUAUCCACAAGGAGCGUGACCUCAAGGUUGCCUGGGCUGAGAAUGCUACUAAGAAGUGUGUUGGUAGCAGUUCGUUCUUUUCGGCCGCCACUCAGUUGAACCCGGCUCCUGUCCCUGUUGUGGGUGGCUGGAUAGAAGCUAUUGCCUGUGUAAAGAGAGCAUGUGUUACUGAGGCCUGGCAUGGAGCAGAGUGCCCUGCCAGGCCUCCUCGUGAACCUUCUCUUAACAUGUCCAUGCCCACCUGGCUUGGGGCACAUGGGUCCUCUCGCAGAAAAGAAAGCAAUCUCAGGCUGACUGCUGAGAGAAAGGAGCUGGGGGUCCCGGAGGCUUAGGGAGGUGGCUGGGUGGUGGGGUGCAGGUGAAAGAAAAGGAUCCAGUAAGAAAAAUAUAAAGGUAGGUAGGCUUUGAGCAGCUCAUACUUGCUGAGAAUGAAACUAGGGGUCACUAAGCUCCUGUGACAUGUGCCAGGAGAGGAUACUGCCCCUGGCUUGGGUCCAAUGGCCCUUGAGAGGUGGUUGCCAGGGGCCUUGGGCUGUACCUACUCAGGGAAACAACCUAGGUUCUCCAGGAUCAUGGCUGCUAUGUCAGCACAGCUUCGGGACAGGAACAAUGGGAAGAAUUUAUAUGUGUAUUGGGGUCAGUGUAGGAGUGUUUCCUUUAAUGUCAGUUCAGAUUCCCAGACACUCAGAAGGAAGGGCAGUCUCCCUCUUGCACAUGAGUGGAUAAGAGCUGCGGGGAGAGGUGCUUGCAGAA